AUGGUCGCCAUCAAGUCCCUCCUUAUUGCUCUCGUCGGUGUCGCCAGUGCACUCGCCAGCCCCAUCGCAGAGCCGGCCGAGGUCGAGGUCGAAGCUCGUGCCCCUGAGGCCAACUCGGAGCUUGCUGCUCGUGCUGGUACGCCAAGUUCGACUGGCUGGCACAACGGAUACUACUAUUCGUUCUGGACGGACGGAGCCGGAAAUGUGUACUACACCAAUGGCUCUGGCGGUUCGUACAGCGUAAACUGGUCUGGAAAUGGCAACUGGGUCGGUGGUAAGGGAUGGAACCCCGGAUCUUCAAGGACCAUCAAUUACUCGGCCAACUACCGCCCCAACGGAAACAGCUACCUUGCGGUAUACGGUUGGACGAGGAACCCUCUCAUUGAAUACUAUAUCGUCGAGAACUACGGCACGUACAACCCGUCCACUGGCGCCCAGAACAGGGGCACAGUCUACACUGAUGGCGGCAACUACAACAUCCUCACAACCACGCGCUAUAAUCAGCCUUCCAUCGACGGCACCAGGACCUUCCAGCAGUUCUGGAGCGUCCGUCAGAGCAAGCGCUCGGGUGGAACAGUUACUACCGCCAAUCACUUCAAUGCUUGGAGGCGAUACAACAUGAAUCUGGGUCAGCACAACUACCAGAUUGUGGCCACCGAGGGAUACUAUAGCAGCGGAAGUGCGACGGUUACUGUCUGGUAA